AUGCUGGCCACGACACUUUUCACAGUAAUCAUUGCUACUUUUGGCCCAAUAACGUGCGAUGAAGUACCUCCUUUUUGGGGAUGUCCCGACAAACCGUUCGACGAUCCGGGAUAUUCGCUGGGCUGCACUUACCCCUGUAAAAAUGGAAACCCACAAGACCCCAACACGUAUUGGGGUCGUUACAUGGAUGGUACCGUGUGUGUGGUUCUUGAAGGAGGUGACUCUGACAAGCUCGAUCACAUUGGGACUUGCGACAAGGGAAUAUGCGUUGAAUAUAAAGAAGAGAACAUUCACGACGUAUGGAGCAAACUUCCUGAGACGCAACCCGAGUUUCGCAAUUGCGACGACAAGUCAAGCAAGGAACCCGUAGAGAAAUGCCUGCAUAUCUGCAACAAAACUCAUUCAGUUGGAAAGUAUGGACUUUUUUUGGGAAUAUACCUGGAUCAUAAUCCCUGCAAGUUCAAAACUGGGCCCGGCCGGUGCAGAAGUGGACUGUGUAUUGAUGAAAAAAUUGGCCAGUUGUAUCCCAUCGAAAAUUGA